UUCCUGUAACGAACACUGACAAAAAUCAACAAAAUUUUAACAAGUUUCCCUCUCGAUCAACAUUAAGUUGGGGUUAUUUCUGGAAAAGACAAAGCGAACUUAAAACGAUGCAGCCAGCGGACCAGAUCUUCUCCUGCGGAUUCGAGCUCUUUGGGCGAGUACAGGGUGUGUGUUUGCGGAAGCAGACCCGAGAUCUGGCCACAAUGAACCAGGUGCGCGGGUGGGUGAUGAACACGGACGAGGGCACGGUGAAGGGUCAGCUGGAGGGCACCCUGCCCAAGGUCAACGAGCUGAAGUUCUGGCUUCUGAAUUUCGGCAGUCCGCGGUCGAUUAUCGAGCGGGCAGAGUUCACGCCCACCAAGGAGAUCACUUCGCGCAACUUUAGCCGCUUCUCGAUUCGCUACCACAACGUUUCAUCCCCGAAAUUGUGACUGUGUAUUUGCUGUAACUGUUUGUUUGGACCUUUAAAUUGAGCUGCCUACGAUGUGCUUCUACGAACAUCAUUUAUAAACCUCUAAAAUGAAAAACAGGCUGCCAGCCACUAAUUAAGCCGCACAAAGAAAUGCUCAGCGCAAUUACAUGGAGGCUGGCACAUCCACUAUGUACUUAUUUUUAUAUAUCUACAAAAGUA